GGCAAGUGAAAAGAAAAGAAAGAAAACAGAAAGACAGCAAGAGUAGGAGGCAGGAACAGGAGUAGGAGCAGUGAGCGUAUAAGGCAGAAAAGGAGGGGGGAAGAGAAAAAGAAGAAGAAGAGAGAGUGUGUCUGCUCUUCGGAUCAGCUUGUAGAUGGAUCGUUCUUGGUUAUAGUUGUUAAAAGCCUUUUCUUUUUUUUUUUUUACUUGGUUGGAGUGAGAAGGAAAACACACACGUUUUGCUCCAUAGCACUCACUUGGAUCUACUACUAUUAUUUACUACUUUUCAUCGAAGCUUGUUUUGUUUUGUUUUUUUUGUCUUUUUACAAUACCAAAAUUUUAUCGACAGUAAGUCGCUGGAUUCGUUUGGGAGAAGUUUUCUACCUUAAUAACAACAUAUAUAUAUACACAUAUGUACAGAUGUAUAGAUGCUGAAAAGCAUCAAGUGGCUCCAAUAACUAUAUGACAGCAUGGAACCUAUACAGUAUUAGAAAUGGAAUAUAAAUCAUUCAAAUGUACCGCCAUAAUAAAGUUCUACUUGUCAUAAUGACUCCAUCUGAAGAAACACAAUAGCAGCCAUGUUGGGGCAACAAAUCCAUUUAUUCAGCUAAUAGCCAAGAUUUACUUUCGAUCGAAAACAACAAAUUCAAGAACAUAACAAGAUAGAGGCUCUUAAAACUAUGGCAGCUGUCAAACGGAUUAAGGUUUAUAUCACAAUUCUAAAGAGUGGAUAUUUAACCAAAGUGAACCAGGGGAAUCUGAGUUCCUUAAAUCUUAUGUCAAACCGAAAUGUUGUCCGAUGGUUUAUAUUUGGUUUACGGAACAAAGUAUUACCAUUUCUUGAAACUUAUGACACAUCUGAGAAUUGGAAGAAGAAAAAGCCUCUUCAUUAUUAUGACUUAGCGGAAUGUAAGCAAAUCACAUACAACGCAGGGAGUCACCUUACGAAUUAUUCAUUUUGUUUGUUGUUACCUGACAAGGUUUUAGAGCUGAAAGCAAAAAAUAGACAAGAAAUGAUGGAAUGGGUACGAAUAUUGGAGAAGACACUGAGUUCUUUGGGCUUAAUUCAGGCUGAUUCUAAGGAGCAUAUCUAUGUCCUGGACCCUUUGCCACCACCAACUCUGCGUAACAAGGAAGAGACACCUCCUUCAUCCGUUUCAUCCCCUAACAGAUACAGCUCUUCCUCGUUGUCGUCCCUGGAACUAAACUUUCCCGAACACCAACCACCACCUCCGCCACGCCCCAUCGAAUUAAUCAUGGAGUCACUACCCGCAACCCCACCACGAACUUCCCCGCCUCCAAUCUCCACCGUACUAACACCGCCUCCACCUCCCCCACUCCUACCACCUACAGGUGCCCCUCCACCACUGCCACUAACAACACCUCCACCACUGACAUCACCUCCGCCUCCACUGCUGCCUACAUCACCAUCACCGUCAUCAUCAGUGCCACAGACUCUCUCUGCAGCUGCUGCGGCAGCAGUUGUCACAACCAAACUAGCUCCAGGACAACAUUUAGACACCAGCAUCUCAACAGAAUCCCCACCUAUUCCAUUACGGGAAAAUAAACGCAAUUUGAUGAAUAGAAACAUUACACACCGGUUCUCCUUUUCUGAUUUUGGUACAGUUCAAACUAACAUUCCUUCUACGUCUCAUUUGGCGGCAUUACAUCCUGAAAUAAAUAAAAGAGCUCUUCGGGUAAAAUCUGAAGUUUAUCACAACACACCGCCAUCAUAUCAUUCUGUGGUGUCCCGAGAGAAUUCAGAAAGCAAUGAAAUCGUAUAUGUCAGCGACAGAGACAAUAAUUUUCAAUGCAGGGAACAAAAUGACAAAACAUUCGGUGGGUCAAGAGACAGUAUAGAAAGCGAGCAUUCUUGGGAAGGAGAUAACAUAUAUGGCUAUACUUGUGAUGGACGUACUUUGAUCCCCAAUUCCAAGACCGAUCUUGUUUAUUCUUACCCAGCUAAUUUCAAAGUUUGUGAUUUUCAGAAGUAUGUCAUUCAUAGAUCUCAAGAAUUAACCACUUCUGAUGAUAAUACUUCAUUUCAUCAAAAGAAAUAUUUGAAAGAUAGCGCCAGUGAAGAAACCAAUGCUAAUUCUGCUGUGUUACCAUCUUCUACAAACUUUUUUCCAGAUUCUUCACCUUUUAAAUGUGCUAGUUCUCCCACGUCACCACAAUCGAAAAAAUAUCAUAAACUCUCUUCUCGGGAAAUGAAAGAAAUUGACUCACUGCCAUGGUUUCCUGGUUUCGGUGCCAAACCAGACCAAAGCCGUCUUUCAUCAUCAAUGUUUAAUUCUUCAAGUUCUGGUGUAAGUUAUGAACUUCAGUUAGAGAAUGCUGAGCAAAAUGCUACAAACAUCAUUAACAAUAAUGUGACGUGCACCUCAUGCAAACAUAGAAAUUGUCUUUCUUCUGCCAAUUUCCCAAAGAAUGGUAUUAAUUCAAUUGCUAAACCAGAACAAAUACUUUACAAUAGGGAAUUCCUUUCAGAAAACCUUGAUCGGUUGAGCUUAGCUCCAAAUAAUCAAAAUUCAAGAUAUUCAAACAGUAAUAUCAGUUCAGAUGACGACCUUCACAUGCAAAACAGCCAACAUAUGCAAAACAGCCAACAUAUGCAAAACAGCCAACAUGUGCAAAACAGCCAACAUGUGCAAAAUAGCCAACAUGUGCAAAAUAGCCAACAUGUGCAAAACACGCAACAUUCAGCACCGGUAGCUUUACCUCCUCAACCCCAAAUCCCUGCUAAACCACCUGUAAAUAUUCCUCCUGCGCAAGAAGAGCCUGAAGAUGUUAUGCCUCCUUUACCUCCUCCUCGAAUACCCAGACGUAGUGAUAUCUUUCCUCCACGGAGACCACCCCGUCCUAACAGCUUUGUUCCUAAAUCUCGCGAUCAGCAAACUGAGAACGAUUUAGAAACUGCUUCUUCGGAUGAAAGCUUGGACAAUGCUCCUCAUUUUGUUACAAAUCUAGCCAUGAGUCAAGUUUUACAACUCAAAGAAGAGCUCAAAAAAACAAAUGGCUUGACAAUUUCUGUAUCUCGAACAGAUAUAUAUAACAUUGCUUUCGUGGAAUAUGCUAAGAAAAUUUGGGUUGCUGGCUGGAAUCAAAGAGAAUGCCCUAAUCUUUACCAUAUUUUACAUGUUGGGGAUGAACUUCUCUGCUUGAACAAAGUCACUGUUGAUUCUAUAUCUUGGUUAAAAUCCCUUAUAAAAAAAUCAAACCAGUUUGAUUUGGAAAUAAAAAGAAUACCAAAGGGUCAAUUAUAUAUAAUCAAAAAAGAAGUUGAAGGACAGUCCCUUGGUAUACAAAAUGAUUCCAAAACCGGAGAAAUUCUUUCUGUUGAACCUUCGGGCUUAGCUGGCAGACAAGGCAUGCAAUCAACUCCAGGUAACAAGACGAAAGAUAAACUGAAUCACUGGGUAUUCACAGAAAUUAACAGUCGACCAUUAAAUCUGUUUGCAAAUUACACACAGUGUUCAUGGCGUCAAAAUGAAGAUCUGAUGAAAGACUUUGAAAUCCAAAAAGUAGGAGAAAAAUUUUCAAAUAUAAAUUAAGUGGAAGCAUAUGAA